CCCUCCCGCCGGUCGCCGCGGCGGAGGCGGGCGCGCCCGGGGACACCUGCCCUGCCGCCUUCCCCUGCCCGCCUUCCCUUCCCGCCCUGCCGCCGUCCCCUGCCGCCCGCCCUCGGCCCCCAUCCCUUCCGCUCGUCCUCUGUGCAGCCGCCGCCGCCGCCGGGCCGGGCCGGGUGGGGCCGGGCCUUGCCCCUCGCUCGCCGCGACCCCGUUCCGCCGGCGCAGCCCGAGCCAUGCUGCUCUUGGCGGCCGCCUUCCUCGUGGCCUUCGUCCUCCUCCUCUACAUGGUGUCGCCGCUCAUCAGCCCCAAGUCGCUCAAGCUGCCCGGCGCGCACGUCGUGGUAACUGGAGGCUCCAGUGGAAUUGGAAAAUGUAUUGCUAUUGAAUGUUAUAAGCAAGGUGCUUUCAUAACACUGAUUGCAAGGGACGAGAACAAGCUGUUGCAGACAAAGAAGGAAAUAGAAAAGUAUUCAGUUAAUGACAAGCAGGUCGUUCUGUGUAUUUCUGUUGAUGUAUCUAAAGACUACGAACAGGUGGAGAAUGUUCUAAAGCAGGCUCAGGAGAAGCUGGGGCCAGUUGACAUGCUUGUAAAUUGUGCAGGAACAUCAGUUACAGGAAAAUUUGAGGAUAUUGAAGUUAAUUCUUUUGAAAGAUUAAUGGCAGUCAAUUAUCUGGGUAGUGUUUACCCCAGUCGAGCAGUAAUCGCUACCAUGAAGGAACGAAGAAUGGGACGGAUUGUGUUUGUAUCAUCUCAGGCUGGGCAAUUAGGCCUGUUUGGUUAUACAGCUUAUUCUCCAACAAAGUUUGCCCUUCGAGGGUUGGCUGAAGCCCUGCAGAUGGAGGUAAAACCUUAUAAUAUCUACAUAACGGUGGCCUAUCCUCCAGAUACUGACACACCUGGCUUUGCAGAAGAAAGUAAAACAAAGCCCUUAGAGACGAAGCUAAUUUCUGAAACGUCAUCUGUUUGCCAAGCAGAACAAGUCGCCAGAGUUAUAGUCAAAGAUGCCAUUCAAGGGAACUUUAACAGCUGGGUUGGAUCAGAUGGUUACAUGCUAUCAAUAUUGACAAGUGGAAUGUCACCAGUCACUUCUAUUACUGAAGGCCUUCAGCAGGUUGUUUGCAUGGGCAUUUUUCGCAUCGUUGGCCUGUUUUACCUAGGAAGCUUUGACAGCAUAGUUCGUCGCUGCAUGAUGCAAAGGGAAAAAUCUGAAAGUGUAGAUAAAACUGAGUAAUCUUUACUUUGAAUUGAAAGAAGAAUUUCAAACGGUCCUGGACAGCUUGCUGCUUAAGUGGGACUCAAGUUUUUUUCCUGAAGGAUUUAGACUGGAAGUACUUGCACAUGUGGCAGAUGAGUCCCUCAAAAGCUAUGAAAGAAAACAAAAGUACAACUCCAGAAAAUGCCAAACUAUGCAAAAGUGUGAAUGAGGAUUAGAUUUGGGGUUUGCUGAUUUGAGUUGGAGAGAAUUUGAGGAAAUUUGAAGUGCUCUGCAGAGUAGAAUGUAAAAAUGGACUAUGUGCAGUAAUUCUGGACAAGUGCUUACGUUUUCUCACUCUAAGGCUUAUGGACAAAAUAAGUACCAUAACUGGGCUGAAGUAGAUUGAAGUCCCCUGAAUAAGUUGGUACCUCUUGCUAAUGUUUGGGACUGUUUUUAAUUUAGAAUGUUAACUUUUCCUUUGGCCCAUCUACAGAUCCUUCCAUCAAUGACAGUUUUCCUUAUUCUAGCCAACAUGCAACUGUGGAAACCUUAAGAUGGGAGAUACAUUUGUAUGAUCCAAGCUUUCUCAGUCUGGGAGUAAUUAAAAAGUAUGGUUUAAUAUAUGCAUGCUUUCUAAAGGGAGAUGAAGAACCCAUUCCCACAGAGAAAUGCUAGGAGAUGUGAUCAGGUCUGUAACUCUUCUGGCCUUUGAAGUAUGUUGUGAACAAAAGAAAUAUCAAGCUAGUAUCAACUGUGUUGAUGAUGACUUUCACCACUUUAAGCCAUUGAAAUAAUCUACAAUUUUUGCAGGUACUUACUUUUCCUUAUCUGCCAGUUUUUGCUCUAGAAAGGAAAGUAGCUUAAUGCUACUUUUAUGCACAUUAUUUUUCAAAGCUGCAAAUGAUGAGCCAAACCAGUAGUUGAUGAUAGAAUCAAUUGUAAUUAAAAUGUUGGGCUCUUCCAGUAGUAGGAAUGUAGCUUUUGGGGCGGAGAGGUCGAGAGGGGGAGAGAUGUGUGUCAGAAUGACAUUCCAUGCUUAAUUUUAUCGCUACACGGAAAAACUUUCACAUGCCAAGAAAUUAUUUAAAGUAUUCUCCUUCUAUACCCCACUUCUAAUUUGUUUCAUUUACAUUAUAUGAAGCAAUGCUGCUCAAUAACUACUUCAGGAUAUGCAGAACCCAGUGGUUGUUUCUAAUAAAUCUUAAGUUUGACACUGGAAAAGCUUACUACAUAACAAUGAUAUUUUAAGGGUGCACUAUAUAUACUGUUCAUGUAAUGGACCACUAUAGCAAGUGCCUUGUGAGCUGCUUUAUUUUCAAAAGCUGCAUAUUUUGUAUUUGUUAGCACUGCUGUGUUUGCAAUACCAUAUUUUCCAUUUCAAUCAGUACUCUAAGUCUAAAAUUACUCAUAAAACUGGGCACUAAUGGACUGUUUUUGUUGUAAUAUUCUCUACAUCUAUUUAAGAAGGGGUAUUCAAUUAAACUGAGAUGAACAAUAAUAAGUGUUUAGCUGGAGAACCUUUAAAAAGUAAUUUUAAAGUCUUUUGGUUUUCCCUUUCUGAAUUUGGUUGAUCACGAUUUAAAUUUUCUUCACAUAGGCUGAACUUGCUUUAAUACUUGGUUUGUUUAAAACCUGAUUUACAAACAUACUUUUGGGGUAGGGUCACAUUGGCACUCUCAUUUAAAGUGGUUGGGUUUUCAUUAGAUUGAAAACGAUGAGGCAUUGCUGAAUUCUUCACAAAGCCUAUGUUUUAGGUCCUGUCCCUUGAUGUUGUUUAGGUAUGUGAAGUUGUGCAUGCCUAUAAUAUAUUACUAAUUUUGAGAGUAUAUUCCUGCAUUUUUUAAACAGCUGGGCUUCAGUGCAAAGAAAUCUAGUGUGCAUAUGUGUUUCCUCUGCUGCUUCAAGUAAAUGACAUAAUGGAAAAUUUAUCGUAGAUCCAUUGUCAACGCUGCUCUCUUUCUUAAAGCAACAUAACAUUUCUAUUUGGACCCUACUAUCUAUGUUGAUUUCUGAUACAAAUCAAAGCUUCCUUUGCCCACUUGCAAAAGAUACCAAAAAUGAGUGAAUCAGUUGUGUUGUAGCUUGAAAAAAAAUGCUUAUGUAAAUUACAUCAAUGCAAGCUUGAAGGUCAGGAAUUAAAAUCAGUAAGCCUUCGGAUACAUGAAUUUUUGUAUCUUCAGCUUGGAAUGUUAAGGGGGUUGUGUUUAAGAAACAUAAUCCAAAAGGUUAGAGCAGAUGCAGGACACUACGGCAGCAGGGUCUCUAAAAUAUUUCAGGUUGGACACCUUAGGUCACGAGUCACACUUUCUUGACUGAAGAGUCCUCCCAAUAAUGACUGAUAAAAUUCAGUGCAAGUGUCUGAUGGAGGAGUAAGAAUACUGGGUGAAAGUUACGGCCCUGAUCUAUGGAGUCUUAUGUUUACACCUAAAUUUGCAUAGUAUUGACAGUAAAACUGUAGGUUGAACCCCUCAGCAAUUGUGGAAAUUGGAGCAAGGCAAGUUUUUUGAAGGAACAACUAAAGAACAAUAUUUUAAAAUGUUCUAGCUUCUGCUGUUGCAAGUUAAUGCAGUUAAUUUUAACUGAUAAUUUUGUCAACUGUUUUAUUGUCAAAACAGUAAAUUGUCAACUAGAGCAACCUUUGGUGUAAUUUUUUUCUUAUGCACGUUCCCUGUCUACCAAUGUACUCAUAUUAAGUUCAAAUAUUAAGUGAAGGAGAUGCCUUGUAAUCUUGUGGAAAAAUGUUCAGCAGCCGAAAAACUAUUUUGCCAGUUUAAAUGUUACAAAACCUCUGCAUUGAAAUGUUUUUAGCAGUGUAUUAGAUCCAUGAAGAACUUCAAACAGGCUUUAGUACUUUUUGUCAAACCGUCAAUAAUUUAAUCACUUGUGCCAUAUCAGGUGAUGUCUCUUGUUUUCUUGGUCAAUCUUUGAUUUAAGCUUUGAUAGUCUUUUCCAUUCCAUAUAGUUUCUAAUGACUGUCUGCUUAUAAUAAAUCUGUAUUUAAACUUUACAUAUAGUUUACUUCACCAAGGUGUUCAUGUGCAAUUUAAACAGAUUUAAUAUUUUACUAAGAAAAAUAUAUAGGUAAAUAAACUUUAUUUGCUGUGAAAAACUCUAGGCACUUUUGAAUGGUAAAAAAUAUCUAGCAUUAUUUGUAAAAAGAAACUUUGUGCUUAUUGCUUCAUCAUUUUUUGUGCCAGAACUGUAAACUGGUUUUCAUAUUUUAUAUUUCUCAAAAUAAAUGGAGAAUCAAUAAA